AUGAAAUUUCUUCAUUUUCUGAUCGCAAUCUUCAUUUUCAAGUUUACCGGAGCUAGGCGAGCUAUUUUGUUUUCGGAUCGAGCGAUAUCUGUUGGACUCAGACUGUCUCAAGAUAUCCUAUUGAACAAUGCCACAUUAGACGAUUUGGAUAAGAUUUUUCUCUUCCCAUUGCCGAUGUCGCGAUGUAAAAGCGACAAAACGUUUCACGUCUCGAAAAAUGUCUUGUUCGAAAGGUUAUACAAAAACCGCCACUCGUCAAUCCCAUCGGAAAUAAUUGAACAGAAUUUCGCAUAUCGACACACAGGUUAUUCCAAAACACGUUAUUUGGAUAAAGCUGAAGAUUGGGUAGAAUAUAUUAGUAUGAUUGAAAGCGAUAGAUUGAACUUCAAAAUGACGAAAAAAACUGAUCAUAUAAUAUUGGAGACCGAAGUUGUUCGUGCGGUUGGAAAUGGUGGCGUUGAGAGUUAUUAUGUCAAGUCGAUGAAGAUUUGUAAAGUAUUUUGA